AUGCACGCGUCGCGGAGCCACCUGCCCGCGACCGGCAACGCAGACGCCCUCCUCCGCCUCGUGGCCGCCUGCCGCGCGCCCGCUCACCUCGCCUCCCUCCGCGCCGCGCACGCGCGCCUCCUCCUGCUGCUCCAUCCUUCCCACCCCUCCGCCGCACCGGCCCGCGUCAAGCUCAUCCAGGCCUACGCCGCCUGCUCCGCGCUCCCCGCGGCCCACGCCGUGCUCUACUCUCUGUGCUCCCCCGAUCGCGGCGCCGCCACCACCAUCUGCUUCAACGUCCUCGUCCGCGCGCUCACCGCCGCCUCGCUCCACCGCGACGCGCUCCGCCUCUUCGCCUCCAUGCGGCCGCGGGGCCCCGCCUGCACCCCCGACCACUACACCUACCCGCUCGCGCUCAAGUCGUGCGCGGCGUCGAAGGACAUUCUCCUUGGCCUCCAGAUCCACUCCGCCGUCGCCAAGCUCGGCCUCGAUGCGAACCGCUACGUGGCGCACUCCGCGAUCAGCAUGUAUGCGCGGUGCAGCCGCCCGGAGGACGCGUACAGGGUGUUCGACGGAAUGCAGAACCGGGAUGUUGUCUCCUGGAACGCCAUGAUCUCUGGGUUCGCGCGCGCGGGUUUGUUCGAACGUGCUGUGGAGGUUUUCAAGGAGUUUGUAGCGCUGCCGUGUUCAAUCCCCGAUGCCGGUACAAUGGCAAGCAUCUUGCCAGCUAUGGAGAAUGCCAAGGCAGAGGACAUAAUAUUAGUCAGGAAAGCGUUCAACGAGAUGCAGUUGAAAGAACUUAUUUCUUGGAAUGCAAUGCUCGCUAUAUAUGCUAACAAUGAGUUCCAUGUUAAGGCUGUUGAGCUGUUCUUGAGGAUGGAAAAGGAUGGGGUCGAACCUGAUUCAAUGACUCUGGCAACAGUUCUUCCUCCAUGUGGGGAGCUCUCAGCAUUUUCGGUGGGAAAACGGAUCCAUGAGAUUAUCAAGAGGAAAGGGAUGCUCCCGAACUUGUUGCUUGAAAAUGCUCUCACAGACAUGUAUGCCAGCUGUGGAUGUUUGGAGGAUGCUAGGGAGGUCUUUGAUUCCAUGAGUGCACGGGAUGUGAUAUCAUGGACUUCAAUCAUAUCUGCUUAUGGCAAGCAUGGUCAUGGAAGAGAGGCUGUUGAUCUUUUUGAGAAGAUGCUAGGACAGGGUCUGGAACCAGACUCUAUUGCCUUCGUUGCAGUUCUUGCAGCUUGCAGCCAUGCUGGCCUUUUGGAUGUUGGAAAACGCUACUUUGAUUCCAUGACUUGCAGGUAUCACAUCACUCCAAAAGCAGAGCACUAUACUUGCAUGGUGGACCUUCUCGGCCGUGCUGGAUGUAUAAGUGAGGCAUAUGAUUUCAUCAUGACGAUGUCAAUUGAGCCAAAUGAAAGAGUCUGGGGAGCGUUAUUACAAGCUUGUCGAAUGCACUCCAAUAUGGACAUUGGGCUUGUGGCAGCAGACAGUUUGUUCAGAUUGGUACCUCAACAAACAGGAUACUAUGUGUUAUUAUCUAAUAUGUAUGCUAGGGCUGGAAGAUGGGCCGAUGUUACCUCAGUGAGAAGUGUCAUGGCAAAAAAGGGUAUCAAGAAAUUGCCUGGUGCUAGCAUUGUUGAGCUAGGGGACCGGGUUCACACAUUUCAUAUUGGUGAUAGAUGUCACCCACAAUCUGAAAUUAUCUAUCAGAAAUUAGAUGAGCUAUUGGGUAGAAUCAGGGGAAUGGGUUAUAACCCAGAGGUGGAGGCUACACUUCAUGAUGUUGAAGAAGAAGAUAAGGAGGGUCACCUUUCAGUUCACAGUGAGAAAUUGGCUAUUGCAUUUCUUCUUAUAAACACUAGUCCAGGGACACCUAUCAGGGUAACGAUGAAUCUCAGAACAUGUGGUGAUUGCCAUCUUGCUGCAAAGCUGAUUUCAACAAUCACGAGUAGAGAGAUUAUCCUCAAAGAUACCAAUAGGAUCCACCAUAUAGUACAAGGAGCUUGCUCAUGUGGGGACUACUGGUAAAGGAUUUAGGAUUACCAUAUACUGCAUUAUUGUUGAGUCAACCGUGGCUGUUUGAAGAGAAAGGAUCUUUGCUGUUUCAAGCAUGAAGCCUCAAUUCACCUUUCUUCCUGCUGUACGUGCUUGGAUUCAAUGGAUGAUAGUUGUCUGGAUAGAAUCUGUCACAUAAUCGCAACAUCUGUGCUCAUCAGAGUCAAAAAGAAAAUAAAAACCUAUAUAGGCACGAGCACUUGAUUUCCUUAUCUGGUCGUUCCAUUCAGAGAAAUCAAUCUAUCAGAAAAACUAAACAGAAGUACACAAAUCAAAUAUCAGCUUUCAAUUGUUCAACUUUUGUGAAGCAGAUGUGUACAGCAGGUGGAGCGCAAGCACCAACUUAUACAAGAACAUUCAGCAUUUGCCUGCUCGAGUAUAUUUGCCUACCAUCUUCCAACUGAACAAGAACCAGUGGAACAGAGAUUUUCAGGAAGCAUGCAAGCAAUGAUAUGACACUACUUCUUUAAAGUGUGUCCCAACAAAUCUUAGGAACAAGAGUCAUGGAAGCUAUUACCCCAUGGCCCAUGCUCAGAAGUUACAUGACUUUGUCAAUCAGCUUUCUAAGUAGUUCCCGCUUCGCUUCCAAGAAAAGCACAGUGUGUAUACAUGGCAGUCCCUUUCGCAAUAAUGCAUCCUACUAGAUGUUCAGGGGAGGCAAGCAGUUCUAGGAGUGAAAACUAAAAUGAUUUUAUCAUGUUUCCUGCGGCAGGAAUC